AUGCCCAGAGGCUCCGUCCUCCUCGCCACCCUGCUCCUCGCCGCGGCCCUUUCAGCCACCCUGGGCCUCGGGUCACCGGUGAAGGAGAAGAGAGGCUGGACCCUGAACAGUGCUGGCUACCUUCUCGGACCACAUGCCAUCAACAACCACAGGUCAUUUCUUGACAAGCACGGCCUCGCCGGCAAGCGGGAGCUCAAGCCUGAAGACGAAGCCAGGCCAGGAAGCUUUGACAGACCACUGGCGGAGAACGACGUCGCGCGCACGAUAAUGGAGUUUCUGACUUUCUUGCAUCUCAAAGACGCCGGGGCCCUGGAGCGCCUGCCUGGUCUCCCCACGGCAGAGUCCGCAGAAGACGCCGAGCUGUCCUGA